UGCGAAAAAGGUUAUUUCUCUAUCCAUCACUGUCCGGCGUGUCCGCUCGCCUGUUGCUUUCGAAAUGUGUCUUUUUGCUAUUUUAUUUCUCUGCAGCAGAAAUGCUGUCACGCAAAAUAGAGCAACGAAUUGUUUAUUGUAAAGCUUUAUGAACGCUUUGCAAUAAAUAAAAUAGCCUACCUGAAAAUCCGACCGAGUGGUUUCUUGGAGUGAUCGGUGUAAACCUCCAUGAGGACUGAAUGAUCCAUGGACGAGACACAAACAUUUAGAGAUGGAGACUUUCAUCCAGAAAUCAGGCCCAUCUACCAAGAUAAAUCAGAACCCAGUUGUGUGUCCAUGAAGAGUGAGCGGUCAAUGGGAUGCCCUCCAAAAUUUAAUGGUGAAAUCUUUCCUCCUGGUUACAGGUCAGUCAACCAAGCAAUAUCAGAACCCAGUUGUGUGUCCAUGAAGAGUGAACGGUCAAUGGGAUGCCCUCCAAAAUUCAAUGACAAAGGAUGUCUUCCUGAUCACAGAGUCCGGCAGGAGAAGUCGGACAGAGAAACUGGACAGUACAGCUGGAAAAGAAACCAGAGAAUCAGCAUCAGAGACCAAGACAAUGGAUCUCAAGUUGACAAUGCAGUUAAAAGAAAACUAAAAAUGAAGUUUCAGUGUUUAUAUGAGGGAACUGCAAAGCAAGGAAACCCGACACUCCUGAAUGAGAUCUACACAGAGCUCUACAUCACAGAAGGUCAAAGUGAAGGCUGUAAUGAGCAUGAGGUGAGACAGAUUGAAACACAAUCCAGGAGAGCAGCAACAGAGGAUACGCCGAUCAAAUGCAAUGACAUCUUUAGACCUUUACCUGGACAAGACAAAGCCAUCAGAACUGUGCUGACAAAGGGAGUCGCUGGCAUUGGAAAAACAGUCUCUGUGCAGAAGUUCAUCCUGGACUGGGCUGAAGGGAAAGAGAAUCAGGAGAUCCACCUCAUAUUUCCACUUCCUUUUAGAGAGCUCAAUUUGAUAAAAGACCAAAAACUCAGCCUUUUAGAGCUUCUUUGCAUUUUUUUCACAGAAACAAAAGGAAUGGGAAUAUUCAGCAGUGAAUAUAAAGUGUUGUUCAUCUUUGAUGGUCUGGAUGAGUGUCGUCUGUCUCUGGACUUUCACAGCGAUGUGAGGUUGUGUGAUGUGACUGAAUCAGCCUCAGUGGACGUGCUGCUGAUGAACCUCAUUGUGGGGAAUCUGCUUCCCUCUGCUCUCAUCUGGAUCACCUCCAGACCAGCAGCAGCUGAUCUCGUCCCCUCUGAGUGUGUCCAUCGAGUGACAGAGGUACGAGGCUUCAAUGAGCCACAGAAGCAGGAAUACUUCAGGAAGAGAAUCAGUGAUCAGAGUCUGGCUAAGAUAGAGGAGUUGGGCUUGUAUCAGGGGAAGGUCUACUGCUUUGUUCAUCUGAGCAUUCAGGAACACCUUGCAGCUCUGUAUGGGCACCUGUCCUUCAUAAAUGACAACAUAAAUGUGUUUGAUCUGAUUAACAAAGAAAGGUUGUUGUCAAAAUGUUUGAACUUUAUGAAAUAUAAUUCAUCAAAAGAGAUUUUGAUAUCAAAUUUUCAUCAGAAAGCUGUGGACAAGACAUUACAUAGUAAGAAUGGACAUUUGGACCUUUUUCUCCGUUUCCUUCUGGGCUUCUCACUGGAGUGCAAUCAGACUCUUUUACAAGGCCUUCUAACGCAGACAGGAAACAGCUCGCAUAAUAAAGAGAAAACUGUUCAGUACAUCAAAAAGAAGAUCGAGAAGAAUCCUUCUCCAGAGAAAUUCCUUAAUCUGUUUCACUGUCUGAGUGAACUAGGUGACUGUUCUCUAAUGGAGCGAAUUCAACAUUAUGUGACAGCUGGAACAGUAAAUAAAGUGAAACUGUCCUCCUCACAGUGGUCAGCUUUAAUAUUUGUGCUUUUGACAUCAGAGCAAGAGAUGAAUGUGUUUAAGCUCAAAGAUUUUGUUGGAUCACAAAUUAAAGCUGAUGAAGUUCUUCUAAAGCUGCUGCCUGUGGUUAAAGCAUACAGAUCAGCUCAGUUGAACAGUUGUGGUGUUACAGAUGAAUGUUGUGUUGCUCUGGCUUCAGUUCUGAGAUCAAAUCCCUCACAACUGAGAGAACUGAAUGUAUCUGGGAAUAAACUGGGAAAUUCAGGAGUGAAGAUGUUCUCAUCUGGACUAGAGAAUCCUCACUGUAAACUGGAGAAACUGUGGUUGAGGUAUUGUGAAAUCACAGAUGAAGGUUGUGCUGCUCUGGCUUCAGCUCUGAGAUCAAACCCCUCACACCUGAGAGAACUGGAUCUGUCAUGGAAUAAACUAGGAGACUCAGGACUGAAGCAGCUCUGUGAAGGACUGAAGGAUCCUCAGUGUAAACUGGAGAAACUGUGUUUGAGCAGUUGUGAUGUCACAGAUGAAGGUUGUGUCGCUCUGGCAUCAGUUAUAAAAUCAAACCCCUCACAGCUGAGAGAACUGAACCUCUCAUGGAAUAAACUAAGAGACCCGGGAGUAAAGUUGCUCUCUGGUGGAUUGGAGAAUCCUCACUGUAAACUGGAGACAUUGUGGUUCAGUGAUUGCAGUGUCACAUAUCAUGGCUGUGCUGCUCUGGCUUCAGCUCUGAGAUCAAACCCCUCACACCUGAGAGAACUGGAUCUGACUAAAAAUAAACUGACAGACUCCGGAGUGAAGCUGCUGUCUGAUAUAAGGAAUAAUGCUGAUUAUAAACUGGAGACACUGCGGUUUUAGAUGGCAGUCUAAUCUCAUCAGAACCAGUUAAUGGUGAUAGAAGCCACUUCAGAGAAUCCACAGUCAACAGAAAACACUGGAGACAGUGAACCCAAUGUGUGUGAAUUCUUGAAAAGUUAAACACUAUUCUUGUGUUGAUCACUAGAUGCAAGCCUAUUAAUAAACCUUUUCAAAACUAUACACAGUGCAGACUCUACACCAUGUGCUCAUUUAAAGAACACUAGCAUCCAACGGCAUUUAAAUCUAUUGUAAAUUCAUGUUCCA